UUGUUCGAUCAUUAACCAGCAAGAACGCUCAAGAUGCUUCAACUGGUAGCUUUCCUCACUGGCUGCUUCUUCGUGGCAACUGUCCAUGCUGCUGAUGACUGCAAGCCGGGCCCUUUCAGUGCCGCCGACAGCCUUGGUGGACCAGGCGGAAGUGGAGUAUAUAAGCUGGUCGAUUCGACAUUCCCGCAAGAGGAAACGUGUGUGUACGUCGGACCACCUCAAACAACACCCAGCAAGGAGAAUCCUGCAACUUAUCAGUGGGGGUGGAAAAAAAACGGCAAGUGGGAAGAAAAGACAGGGACGGUGUACCCUGAUGGCGCAAGCAUGAUUUACGUGGAUAAAGAUCUUGGCACAACUAACAGUACAGUAGUUUACGCCGAGAAAGAGAAAUGCAAUGUUAUACUUUUCCAUGGAGAUCACACGAGCCUCAAGGGCGGACCAUUUGUCGAAUGGUUCCAGCAUACCAGUGCGAAUGCAGGCAGCCAAGAAGUCGAGUGCUGCCAAAAGAAUUUCCGAGAGGAACUUACACGGCGGGAGAAAACACUCACUGAUGCGACGGACCGGAGCAAGGGUUGCGAUCCGUACCCGAAGUUGAAAUAGAACUGUCAUCAAACCGUCCUGCACCGACAGGCAAAAAUAAAGAUCCUGCAUUUGAAGG